CGCUGGUGCCACCGCUGCGAGUGCCCAAAGCCCGAGCUCACGCACCACUGCAAGGUGUGCCGCAAGUGCGUGCUGAAGAUGGACCACCACUGCCCUUGGGUCAACAACUGCGUGGGGCACAGGAACUACAGGUACUUUUUCAACUUUCUCGCGUGGCUGUGGCUCGCGUGUGCGCUCACCGUGGCGCUCACGUGGCGCCCCGCGUGGUACGGCGGACGCGGUUUGACCACCGGACUCAGGAGCAAGACGGCGACGCUCUUCUCCGCCGUGCUGGCGUUGUCCAUAUUCUGCGCCAUGUGCCUGAUGUGGUUCUGGCACGUGUACCUGGUGUGCACGGCGCAGACCACGAUAGACUACUACGAGUUCAGAGACUUGCGUAAGGAGGCUAAGAGGCGCGGCGUGGUGUGGAGGAACCCGCACGACCUCGGGUCGUGGCGC